UUUUUUUUUUUUUUGCCUUGAUUAUGAUGAAAGGCUACAGCUUACAGAAAUACCACCAGUUCUUCUGGAGUGUGUUUUAGCCACAGAAUCUUGCCUCCAGUAUUUUUAUGACAUUUUUCAAGAAUUUGAGAAUUUUUGCUCACACAUAUCAGGAACACAAUUGAGAGAUUUUAAAGACCAUUUAUUAACAAAAAAAUUACGUGGAUGUCCUGCAUGUUCUGUACAUAUGUCAACAAAGAUUACAAAUCACCAAUGUGCAGUUAUUUUUUUUUCUAUGCUUUUCAUCGAUGACAGGAUGGGUCAUUCCAUAUUAACCCCCCCCCCGCACAUAGUUAUCAAUCAUGUUACAGUCCCAUUUCCUGUAUAUUUCAUGCUUGGAACCCAGUGCCCAAAUUUGCAAAUUUCAAGAAUGUGGAAUAUUUUUCUAAAAACUGACAUACAGUACAAACUUAUGCCAAAUAAUGCUUAAUGUAACAAAACUGAAUAGAAAACGCAAGAAAACUGACAAUGCGACAUGGCGGGAGAGUGGAGCGCCGCACUGGCUGAAAUCAGACAAGGACAAAGGGCGCAGGCAUGGGGGCGCAGGGAGACUGAGAACCUUGCCUACGGCGUCCGUCGGGGCGAUGGGCGCUGACGGCGGCUCGGAGGCUGCGCCCGCCACGCCCUGGAGGAAGGUGCUGUAUGAGCGUCAGCCCUUCCCGGACAACUACGUGGACAGCCGCUUCCUGGAGGAGCUGCGGCGCAAUGUGGGCGUGCGGCGGUACCGCUACUGCGCCGUGGCGCGUGAGGCCGGCCUCGUGGCCCAGCAGGUAUCCUGCGUGGCCGCGGUCCUCACGCUGUGGUCCUACAUGGCCCAAGGGCGGCUGUCCCCGUUCAUGCUGCUCGGGGCCUCCCUGCUGUGCGCGCUGCUCGGGUACGUCCUGUACGAGGCGCUCGGGGGGCCGAGGGGCAGCGAGCGCACGCGCUGGGCGGACCUACAGAGCGCGGCCAUCUUCCUCGCCUUCACCUUCGGUUUCUCACCGAUCCUCAAGACGCUCACGGAGUCGGUGAGCACGGACACGGUGUACGCCAUGUCAGCCGUGAUGCUUCUCGCCCACCUGGUGUCCUUCCCUUACGCUCAGCCCAGCCCUCCAGGCAGCCUGUCCCUCAACGCAGCCCUUUUUGGUUCGGUGUGCCUGGCUUCACGGCUGCCGGGGGCCCUUCACGCCUUCGCCAUGUUGACGUGCGCCUUGUUGGUCUUCGCGCUUUGGCCUUGUCUGCUGCAUCGCCUGCGGAACAGGGCUCCGUGGACUUUCCCCUGGGCGGCAGUGCUGUUGUCCCUGGCUGCCGUCACCGGCCUGGCCACUUUGUCGCUCGGUGGGGCCCUGCUCUUGGUCCUGGCGCUGCUGGCCCUUACGCUGCUGUGCCCUCUGCUCCUGCUGCGCCUGCAGAGGCACAAGGACAACAUCCACGGUCCCUGGGACGAGGCAGAGAUCCACGAGGACCUGUCCCGCUUCUUGCACUGACGGGAGUGAUGAAAAUUGUCUUGUUCUCAAGGGCAAUGAGGGAGAAGUGCAGGACCUGGGCCUGAACGCAGUACCAAGAUCCAGUUCCACACUUCGCGUACUUGUUACUUUGGUUAUUCCUCUUUCAUCUCCUAUACGUGUGGUAAC